AUGUUGUUGUCAUCCUCAGAGUCGUCCAGAUUGAGGUUUUUGGCCAAGGCAAUUGACAAAGAGUCUCCUAUCGACACAGGAAACAGCUCUGUAUUUAUGUCCAGGGUGAGCUUUGUGUCUGAAGAGCUGGUGGAGUUUGCAAUGAUUCUAGAGACCUUGUCGUAUCUUCCGGUAUCCACCGACUGGACUCCAAAAAUGUCGUCAAAUAGAGUGCUUGACAUGAUAUGUAAAUGCGUAUAG